AUGGAUGCAGCAGAGAGUGCAGAGUGCAGUCUGAUGGACAGAGACCUCAUGCCGGUCAUCUUCACUCUGGCCAAGGCCGGACACCAGGAGCACAUCCCACACAUGGUGGAGCGCUUGAGGCAUGAGAGAGGAUACGUUCCAGAUGCCAUGAACCUGUGCCUGAGCCUCAUCACACAUGGCCUGGAGGACACAGCUUUUUACAUCCUGAAGACUUUCCCCAACCUGCAAUCUGACGGCUUGAGCAACGAAGCCAGCCUGGGCAACUUCUUCCUCAGACACUGUGUUAACAUGGAAAUGUCACUGGAGAAGAUUUGCAGCUUCUGCAAAGAGCUGCAGGAGUCUAACCUGCACGCUUCGCCCGCCAGCUUCACUCUGUUCGUCGCUCUGGAGAAUCAGAAUACAGUUAUCUCUUUGGCGAUGAUGAAGAUGCUGAAGGAGCUGGACUUACCCAUAAGGCCUCACUACUUUUGGCCUCUCCUUAUUCGUCAUCUGAAAGGCAAAAACCCAGCUG